GACUUGCUUUCCGCGGACGCUCCAGGGGAGGCUUGUUCGCUUCAUGGUCCCGGGAGGAGGACGAUUGGAUGUUCGAGUCCCAAGGCCCGAAUCUCCUCCAGAGAUCCUCGUCUCCGGACAGACGCGAGUCUCGUGAUGAACAUCGUCCGUUUGUUUGGGAUUUCUCUUGUUCCAAAAGAGGCGACCAGCUUUCUACUUGUCGGAUGAGAAGAUCAAAGCUUUCUAAAAUGUAUGUAAGUAUCUUUGAUUUUUUGGGCUUUUUUUCUAGUCUUUUUCUAGUUUUUUUUUUUUUAUUAAGAUGAUGAAUUCCCAUCGUUUGCUGCCAGCCAUGGUGUUGGUUUGACGUCAGAUUUGUGCAAACCUCUUUAGAUUCAAGAAUUAACAAGGACAGAGAUUAGUGCACAUUACGAAUCAUUCUGGAGUUCCGACUCCGCUAUACUUUUUAAUCUGGUGUGGACUAGUUCCAAAAGUGAGUCACUAGAUUUUUCAAAAUUGAGAAAUACGCGAUCAGAUUCCUUCCGUUUAGAUUAGAGGCAUCAAAGUAUCUUGUAGAAGUGUAUUUUCGACAACCACUCUUUGGAGCAGCUAUGGUGUUGUAUUGAGUUCAGAGCGGGCUGCAUAUUUGAUCUAUCAAGUAGCACCAAUCCUUUUGUACUACACAUCCUAACAAAUGUCGAGAAGAGGACAUAGCACGAAUCAAUCGAGGGUUCUGAGUCAGAAGUGCAAGAAGUGCUAUGGUUCGAGGGCUAAUUUCAAUAAAAUAUUGAGAAUAUGCCAGUUUUUUAUGAGAUCUUUGAGCUUCUACGACAACUUUUAGACGAGCAUACUCGAAAGCCGAUGUCAUCUUCAUAUCAGACUCGGCUGUAAAGUGCAACCUCUUUAAAUUGUGCAAUGCUCCUGUUUAACAGAGUACAAAAGGGUUGAGUGUAAGGCAUCCUCAGUUACUCGAGAGUUCAGACUAGGUUGUGCCUGGAAUGCAUGUCUUGCGAAGCUUACUCGCUCCGAAGCCUCUAAUGUGAGAGUAAAGGGAAGAUGUUUAAAUAUGUCGACGAGAGAUGUCAAACGUCAAUACGAGCGAGCAAUACCAAAAUCUUAUGAAUCUGAAGAUGCACAAAUGACAAUUGCCAAGACACUUUCUUCGGCAUUAUCACAUUUUUUUCUAGAAAAGGUAAAAAUUUUUAUAAGAUUCAAUACUCAAGUCCUAAUUAAUGGACGACUGAGAUUAUUUCAUUGGAUUUAUCUGAGAUAGGCUUUUACUGAUGAGUCUUUAGAUAGUUGAUUCAAAGAAAAGGUGUUAUUUCUGAGAUACAGCGCAGGUUGCAGAAGAGUGAGCUAACCUUGUCAGAGUCAGAUAUAUGUUAAAAGGACCACAUAAUACGACGACAGACGACAUGACCUGUAAAAAUCAAUUUUUUUCGUACACAAGGCCAAGUAUGAGCUGCGAGUGUGUUUUUGGCUUCCCCCUCCUUCCUGUGCAAAAAACACCGACAGAGGUGAUAUAAUUCCAUGGACCCAGCCUUUGCGCUGCAAAAACAACAGCGAAAAGUCAAUUUUGACAGAAGACUCCUCUGUGGUCGUUUUAACAUUCCCCUAUAUAUAUAAGUCGUUACCUCGAAGGUUUUGCCAUUUUGAAUUUUCCUCCAGACUCCUGGUAAAUUUGUGUAUCCGACCAAAGAGAUACAAAAUUUUAGCUUCACUCCAUGUUGAAAGUGUUUCAUGAGAGGCGAGAAACACUUCCAAUAAUAACAGCAGCUUUCUUUUUCAUAAAGCCUGAUUAGGAUUAACUUCUAACAGGUGUCGCCCUUUGAAAUCAUCAAUAUAGCAGUGCAAAAAACAUGGGCUAAGGAUACUACAACCGUGUUUGAGAAACCCUGCCGGGAACCAUGUAUAGUCGGACACUGUAUUUACACUAUGCAAAACACCUUUCCUCCACGAGUUAUGUAACCCGAUGAUUACUUCGCGAUUGGGAGAAACAGGUUACGGUGUAUUCGGAAUUACUGAUUCCAAGGAGUAAAAUUCUCUCGUUUUGGUUUCAUAAUCAGUAGCUGAUCUUCAAAAAUCUACGUCACUAUAGGCAUGGUGUAUGUCAUAUAGAAAUGCUUAUACAUCAAACAAUUUGGUAAGAUCUCAGUCCACCUUACAGUACUGAGCAGGUGGAAAUAUCGUCGAUAAAGUUACCCUCCUCCAUGUGUGCAUGCAACCAGUUCUGUGAGUACGGUUGUUGUGUGAUUUGCUUGCUUUUAAGAAUAUUUCACACUGACCUGGUUAGUGAGCUAUCACGCAGGUUUAAACCAGCUGACAUAUGAACCCCAUAUACCUCACCCAUAUAUCAACAGUAUCUUUGGAUUUGAGUUAAACUGCGUACUCCAUAUGGUGAGAUUAGGACAACAUUCAGUGACGAACUUGGAACUGACCGUCAAACGUGUCAAUAAGCUCUAUAAUCGCAGCUGCUGUGUAAUGUUCCUACCUUGUCGCUCCAUACUGUGUUCAAUACUCGAAGGUUGUUAAAUUAGGAAGGAUC